AUGAAAUAUCUGAUACUCAGCAGCAUUAUUUGGCUUGCGGGCGGUUUAUUCUCUCAAAGCUUGAGUUGGGAUUGUCCGAGAGGCUUGACUACGCUUGGCCUCAUCGAUGCCUUUGUUCGGCGAGCUUUGCCAGAUGCACCCAAUGGAUAUGCACCAGAGGGAGGUGAUUGCCCAUCCCCCGAACCUUUUGUGCGCAGCGCGAAUGCAUUGUCGCCAAACGAAACAUCAUGGCUCUUGAAACGGCGCCCAAAGGCCAAAGAAGCUUUAGUUGAGUUGCUCAGCAGGAUCAAUAUAUCCGACUUUAACGCCCCCGAGUAUCUUCGAAACCAGGCAGCAAACAUUUCAGCGUGGCCUAAUAUAGCAAUCGCUGCUUCAGGAGGGGGUUACAGGGCUAUGCUAAACGGCGCUGGAGCAAUCGCUGCGUUUGACUCACGAACAGGAGAAGCCCCCACUGAUGCUGGCUAUCUCGGAGGCCUUUUGCAAUCCGCUACAUACCUCUCUGGACUCAGUGGCGGCUCCUGGUUAGUAGGAUCUUUGUAUAUGAACAACUUCACGACAAUACCAGCAUUAUUGAGUGGUGAUAUGGCAUCUGUGUGGAAUUUGGAAAAUUCUAUCUUUGAAGGACCACCCUCAGUGUCUCAUUAUUAUAAAACACUAGUGGACGCUGUGAGUGACAAAGAAAACGCAAGUUUCAAUACUUCAAUUACCGACUAUUGGGGUCGAGCAUUGUCAUAUCAGCUCAUCAAUGCUGUGGAUGGGGGCAUUAGCUAUACGUGGUCAUCUCUAGCUGUGAUGCCGGAUUUUAUGGAUGGGGAAAUGCCGAUGCCGAUUGUUAUAGCGGAUGAGCGAGCGCCAGGAGAGCUACUUAUAAGUUCAAAUACCACCAUUUUUGAAUUCAACCCGUGGGAACUUGGAACAUUUGAUCCGACUGGCAAUGGCUUCGUUCCAUUAAGGUAUAUUGGGUCAAAUUUUUCCUCAGGAAAGCUACAACAGAACGCAACCUGUGUCCGAGGAUUUGACAACGCCGGGUUCGUCAUGGGGACUUCUUCAUCGCUCUUCAAUCAGGCUUUUCUAAUACUUAACGGGACGAACGACACUUCUAUACUGGCAAAUGCGAUCACCAAAGUUCUCGCUGAAAUCAAUGAGGAUAACAACGACGUGUCGCUAUAUUCGCCGAAUCCAUUUUACCAAUAUAACAUCGACACCAAUCCUAAUGCGGAUUCACGGACUCUAUUCUUAGUUGAUGGGGGUGAAGAUCUCCAGAACAUACCUUUACAUCCACUCAUCCAGCCGGCUAGAAAAGUGGAUGUGAUAUUUGCUAUUGAUAGUUCGGCGGACACUAAAACAAACUGGCCAAAUGGUACAAGCUUGGUUGCGACUUACCGGCGGAGCGUUAACUCCAUGUUUGCGAAUGGCACGACCUUUCCCUCUAUACCAGACCAGAACACAUUCGUCAACUUGGGAUUAAAUUCGAGGCCUACCUUUUUCGGUUGCAACUUGACAAAUAUGACCGGAGAUGCCCCGCUCAUUGUUUACCUCCCGAACUUUCCCUAUUCUUAUUCUUCUAAUGUCUCAACGUUUGACCUCCAGUACAACAACUCAGAGCGCAACGCGAUUGUUCAGAACGGUUUUGACGUCGCAACGAUGGCAAAUGGCACGAUUGAUUCAGAAUGGCCAGUAUGUGUAGGAUGCGCUAUCCUCUCUAGAAGCCUCGAAACAACUGGCGUGGCAGUCCCAGUCGUUUGCCAGGACUGCUUCGUGAAGUAUUGUUGGAAUGGAACCAUCAACGACACAUCUCCUCCGCUCUACGAACCGCAGAUGAUCCAAACACAGGAGGGCGUAAAAAGCGAAGGGUCAAGGCUAGCGUCCGAAAAGGCGACCCUUUUGAUUUUGUCAUUCUUUUGUUGGAUUUUCUUCUCCGAAGUUUUUGCGGUGGGUUUUGAUCAUCCUAUGACUGCGGUAUAA